AUGAAGUACGCCGUGUUGGCUCUUGCUGUAGCUGGAUUGACUCAAGCUCAAUCCAACACAACCUCCUCAACCCUCAUCCCUUCCAACAUCACUUCAUCCUGUACCACCUUCCUCGAGUCACUCAACAGCGACGGUACCCUCUCAUCGUGUGUCACCCCCCUCAUUAACGCCACCGCAUCCUUCUCACCUACUGCCUCGACCAACUUGACUGAGGAUUCCAUCAACUACACCCUCGCAUCGAUCUGUAAGAGCAACGCUGGAUGUUCCGACUCAACCAUCAGAGGAUGGUUAGCCAACUUCUACUCUCAAUGUAAUGAAGAGUUGACUUCUACCACGAAUUACAACUCAGAUGUUAGGGAAUUAUACGAUAUCCUCUACGUCGUCAACCCCCUCAAGGGAGCUGUCUGUUCGAUCAACUCCUCAAAUCAGGAAUACUGUGUGAACGAAAUCGUCGCUUCUGAAAAGAACGCCACUUCCUCUUCCAACUCGACUGCUUCUGCCAACUCCACCGCUACCUCUGGUUCAGGAGUUAGCAACAACACCUUGUUCUCCAACUUGGCGGCUACCGCUCAAGAAUUAACCAACCCUAUUCAAUACGCUGCUCAAAACCUCUACGUCGAAGUUUCAGUCGCUGCCUCUUCCAUCUCCAAGCGAUUCUUCAACAACAACAAACGACAAGAGCAAAGCGUCAACAUGGUAACUGUUAUCAAACCCAAUACUGCUACCUACAAAUCGACGAACUUGCCUUUCCUAUUCCUUCAACCAUCUUUGGCCAGCUCGGCUUUAUGUACCCCGUGUACUCGAGAAGUUCUCGUUGCCUAUGUGAAAUGGGAAACUCAAGUACCAUACGCAUUGGGAUUGAAACAAUCUCCUAUCCUAGGUGGUCAAUCUGAACUAUGGAAUGCUAUCAACUCAACUUGCGGUGUAUCGUUCAUCAACGCUAUCAAAUCUGAAGUUGGAGCAUUGGCUCAAAACUUCUCUUCAUCCGCUUCAUCCACUUUGACCUUUGUUGGUCAAAAUGGUGUAAACGGUUUGACCUUGAUGGUUGGUGCUACUUUCGUUUCUGGUUUAGUAGCUUUGUUCAUCUAA